CAGUCACGUUACUACGUUGGUAGUUGUGUCCGACACUCCAGUUGGUGUAGUUGUGUGCGAGGCGCGAGUGAGAUGGCAGCAACCGGUCGUCAGUUAUUUUUGAGCAAACGAGUCGUCACCGCAACGGGAGAGGCAGAUGGUGGAGUGCUCGUCCAAAAUGGACAAAUACAAGAUAUACUAACCAGAGAACAAGCGAAUACAUUUAUCGCAGAAAAUGAAGAUAUUAAAGUGGUGGACGGUGGUGAUCUGGCGCUAAUGGCAGGCGUGGUAGACUCGCACGUGCAUGUCAACGAGCCCGGUCGCACGGCUUGGGAGGGGUUCCGCACCGCCACCAGUGCAGCCGCCGCGGGUGGCAUCACCACAAUUGUUGAUAUGCCACUGAACUCAAUUCCACCGACUACUACUUUAGAAAAUCUUAAAGUAAAAGCUUCUUCGGCGCAGGGAAACGUUUUCGUAGACGUUGGAUUCUGGGGCGGUGUCAUCGUCGAUAAUCAGGAUUCUCUCAAGGAUUUAGUGAAGGCAGGUGUUGUGGGUUUCAAAUGUUUCCUCUGCCCCAGCGGUGUCGAUGAGUUCCCUAACGUGGAAGCAAAAGACCUGGAGAAGGCAUUUGCAGCUCUCGAGGGAACUGGAUCAUUAUUGGCGUUCCACGCGGAGGUACAAGAAGAUAAUGAAGAAAUCGAAAAAAAAAUCUUUAAAAAAGACCCUGAGGAAUAUACCACAUAUUUAGAAUCACGACCUCCAAAAAUGGAAUUGGACGCAAUAUCUCUUAUUUCAAGCUUCUUGAAUAAAACUGAUGUCCGUGUCCACGUUGUGCAUGUAUCAUCGGCAACCGUGGUGCCUCUGUUGAACAAAGCGCGACAGCAGAGGGUGGCAGCAGGUAACACGGCCUGGCGGGGCGGAGUCACCGCCGAGACCUGCCACCAUUACUUAUCAAUCAGUGCAGAACAAAUACCACGAGGCCGAAGCGAAUACAAGUGCGCACCGCCUAUAAGAGAUUUGGAUAAUAAGGAAAAGCUGUGGCAAUAUUUACUAGAUGACAAACUGGACAUGGUGGUGUCCGAUCACUCGCCUUGCACUCCCGAACUGAAGUGUUCUAACAAUUUAGAAGCUUGGGGUGGAAUAUCAUCUGUGCAGUUUGGUCUUUCGUUAUUCUGGACUGAGGCAAGCGCACGCGGACUAGGUCUGACUUCGAUCAGCAAAUACAUGUGUUCUGCGCCGGCGCAACUCUGCGGCAUUCAGCACCGUAAGGGCGCUCUUAAGCCUGGCCUCGACGCAGAUAUCAUCUUCUUCGACCCUGACGCACAAUUCACGGUCACCGCUGACAUUAUUCGACACAAAAACAAGCUAACACCAUACAUCGGCAAAACGUUAAAAGGAGUUGUGAAGAAGACAUACCUUCGCGGAGAGUUGAUAUACGCAGACGGUGAACUUGUUGGAGAGCCCAAAGGAAUUUUAUUGCUCAAUAAACUGUAAUAUUAGGAAUAAUAUAAUUAAUGAUUAAU